UCUUCAACACUUGAAGUCACGGGAAAACGAGGAUGACAUUACUUUUCGGGGUGAAACGAUGGCUUCGUCGCGGCGAUGAAGCUUCUGAUUCAAAAGCUGAUGCCAGCAAAGAAGUGAAUCAGCAGAAUUUAUCUCUAUCGUUCAAUGAACAUCAUUUGGACAUGAGGCAACUAUCUGAAAAGUUCUCAAUGUCGAAAUUGGAUAUUGUUGACCCCAAGGUUUCUCGAGGAUUGAGCAAGCAAGUAGCUGCGGAGAGGCUUGAAAGUGAUGGAAGAAAUGCUCUAUCACCACCAAAAGUUAUCAGUAAUUGGAAAUUGUUUUUGCGACAAUUCAAAAAUCUCCUAUGGAUUUUAAUGUUUGGAGCUGCCGCUCUUUCUUUGGUCGCCUACAUUUACGAUCCCAGUGAUCUCACAAACCUUUGCGUCGGAAUUUUCAUCAUUGUGAUCAUUUUUGUGAUGUGCAUUGUGUCGUUUUUUGAAGAAAAGAAAGGUGUGGAAGUGGUCCGUGCAUUCCAGUCAUUGAUGCCUCUUUCCUGUCAAGUGAUCAGAGAUGGAGUAGAGCAAACUUUAAACCCUGAGGAGCUUGUCGUUGGGGACAUUGUCGUUGUCCGGUCCGGAUGCAAAGUCCCGGCUGAUAUCCGAGUUAUCGCAUGCACAGAUUUCUACCUUGAAACCAGCUCGAUCACCGGAGAAGCCGAACCGCUGGAAUUCAACUCGGCUAUGGCUGAUCAAAAAACGUCAAUUUUCGAAUCAUACAACAUCGCAUUUAAUGGAUCAUUUUGUGUCGACGGAGAGGGUUACGGUAUUGUUAUCAGAACUGGCGAGCGAACUGUGAUUGGACAAAUCGCAUCUAUGACACUUGACCAGAAAGAGCAAAAAUGCAAGUUCCAAGUGGAGAUUGGUCGCUUCGUGAAGUUCAUUACCGUAAUGGCUAUUAUCAUGGCCGUCAUCAUUUUCUCCGUUGGUCUCGGAAUAAACAAGGGGCAUGAUGUCAUUCGAUACUUUGUCACCGGUUUUCUAAUGGUUAUUAUUGCAAAUGUACCACAAGGACUUCCAACUACAGUAACCACUGAGCUGACAAUUAUCGCUAGAAGAAUGGCGAAGAAAAACGUGUUUUUGAAGAAGUUGGAGAAAAUUGACAGCGUUGGAGCGACUACUCUAAUUGCUUCUGAUAAAACUGGAACCCUUACGAAAAAUUGCAUGACUGUAACUGACUUAUGGUAUAACAACAGUUAUAAUAGUGGCCGGCCCGAAAACCGCAGACGCUCCACCAAAACCAGAUUUUCGAUCACUUCAAAUCCAGCUCAGUCAUUCGAUGCUCCACUUUCAGAUCUACUUUCAGUGGUUUGUGUGUGCAACAAAGCGAGAAUAGAGAAUACUGUCACAGUUAACCGGCCACCUCCGAAUGUCGACUCCGAGCUAGACAUGUCAAUGUACCGCAUACAACCAGUCAAGGAAAUGACAAUCGUUGGAAAUCCAUCAGAAGUUGCUCUUCUCAGAUAUGCAUCUGCAAUGUUAGAUGCGAAAGAGCUCCGGGAGAGUUUCCAAGUGGUUUUUGAAAUUCCAUUCAACUCUGUUAGAAAGUAUCAUUUGAUUUUGGCAACCAACAAGAAUACUUGGAAUCAAGUCGAUAAAAAUGAUGACGUGGAAUUUGUUGUGAUGAUCAAGGGUGCUCCGGAAGUUCUUAUUAAAAAUUGCUCAACGAUGAAUAUUAAUGGAGAAUCUAAAGAGCUUGAUUUGAAAAGAAUGGAAGAUUUCAAUGAAGCUUACGAAGCAUUUGGAGAUGAAGGAUGCCGAGUGAUUGGAUUUGCUCAGAAGAAGUUCCGAGCUCGUGCCUCCACGGUUUUCUCGCUGAAAUCGAAUACAGUUCCUAUGGAGGAUUGGGACUUUUUGGGAAUGAGUGCAAUCAUGGAUCCGCCGAGAGAUGAUACCCCUAAAGCAAUCAAAGCUUGUAAAGCAGCUGGAAUUAAAGUCUACAUGGUAACUGGAGAUCACAAAUCGACGGCCACAGCGAUUGCCCGUCAAAUUGGAAUGAUUGAUACGGAAGAAGUCAGUAGAGUCGAUCACAAUCAGCAAAUAAUUAGAAGGAGUAACUCUCAAGAUUGGGCGGUGAUCACUGGGUCAGAACUUCCAGCAUUGACCCAGAAACAAUGGGAUGAACUUCUCCAACAUCGCUACAUUGUCUUUGCAAGAACAACACCUGAACAUAAGCUGAUGAUUGUGACAGAAAGCCAAAAACGAGGAGAAUGCGUAACAGUUACUGGAGAUGGUGUCAACGAUGCGCCUGCUUUGAAGAAAGCUGAUGUAGGAGUUGCAAUGGGACUCGCUGGAAGUGACGUGGCAAAGCAAGCAGCAGAUAUUAUUCUUCUCGAUGACAACUUUUCUUCAAUCGUUGCAGGCAUUGAAGAGGGACGUCUACUUUUUGAUAAUCUCCGAAAAACAAUCGCCUACACGAUGGCUCACAUGUGGCCAGAACUUGUGCCUGUAAUUCUCAACUUUUUUUUUGGAUUCCCACUUGGCCUGACACCUGUUCAAAUUCUCUCAAUCGACUUGAUUUCUGAUAUUCCGCCUGCUGUAUCGCUAGCCUACGAGGGACCAGAAGCAGACAUCAUGCUUCAGCCUCCUAGGAAAAAGGACACACAUCUUGUCACUAAAGGUCUUAUCACUUACACGUACCUGUUUAUGUCAAUCUUCAUCUCAAUUGGAUGUGUAUGUGCAUAUCUGCUAUCCUACUAUAUUAAUGGAAUUGGGCCCUGGGAGUUGGCAUUCACCGCUAGCACUUAUUUCAAGCAUGGAGCUGCAAAUUUUACCACUGCUAAAGGAGUCAUUUUAAAUGAAGAACAACAAAUGUAUAUGGCCAAUCAGGCAGCUGCAGCGUUCCAUAUCUCAUUGGUUCUUGGGCAAGCAUUUCAUCUUUGGAUGUGUUUAACCCGCCGUGUUUCGAUUUUUGCUCACGGGCUGGGAAAUAUUGUUGCAAUCUUUGCUGUUAUCAUUGAUCUCCUUCUCAUUUGCAUAUUCACCUUUGUUCCAGGAGUCAAGUAUAUUUUCGGAUCUCAGCCACCACCAUGGCAGUGCUGGCUUGUACCAAUUGUUGUCGGAGUUUGGAUUUGGAUUUUCAACGAGCUGAGGAAACUAGGCAUUAGGAAGUAUCCUAAAAAUAAGUUUGUGAGGCUUACAAAAUGGUGA